AUGUCGCUGAGCGGCAAGGGGUUCAGGCAUUUCGCGUCGCUGCAGCGGGAAUUAGCCGAUGCAGUAGAAGCCAAAAUCAACGCAAUACCGUUCCACAUCAACAGAACAGCGUCCGGUAACCUAGCAGUGUUCGUCAAACACCGAAAUAACGGCAACCUAGCGUACACAUACGUUCAGAAGGUGCGAGGGAAUCGGCAAAUAUUGAAGCAGGAAAUACAAGAACUGGUGGGCAACCGGCGUAUCGUCGAUACCAGAAAUGCGUUCGUCAUUCAAGGGAACCACAAAAAUCUAAUUGUGAAAUACCUGAAAAGCAUUGGGUUCUAG